AUGAAUUACCAUAUCAGACCAUUAUCUCAACAUCAACAACAAAAAAUUAAAAGACUACUUGAGCAUGAAGAACUGGGCGAUCGACGACCUUCUCAAUUUUUACGACAUUUACAGUCUUUAGCAGGCACAACAGUACCAGAUAAUAUUGUAAGAUCUCUGUGGUUAGGUAGACUGCCAUCGUCUACACAGGCUAUCCUAGCUACUCAAGCUAAAGCUAGUUUGGACGCAGUUGCGGAGCUAGCUGACACAAUCUCCGAAGCUAUAGCUCGUAGCGUCCAUAUUUCAGAAGCUUCCAACGCGCGCGAAAAUACAAUCGAUAAAUUGACAGCCGAAUUAGCUGAAAUGAAAAUGCAGCUAGCUACUUUGUCGCAGACUCAAGCACAAACCAACACAUACCGUCGUAACCGCAGCAACUCAAGAGGCAGACCUUAUCCUAGAGACAGGAGCUACAGAAGGGAACGUAAUAAUGACAUUUGUUGGUAUCACUACCGUUUUGGUGACCAGGCUCAAAAGUGCUCUCUUCCGUGCAAACAUCAGGAAAACAUCGCGGGUAGUCGGUAA